GCUGUCUACCGUGGGAAACUGAGGCGGCACCGGACAAACGAUUCGAUUGUAUCCCAACUACCUUGGCGCAUCAUGACGACCAUGAGACCCAUCCGUGCGAUCCAAACUGCCAGACGGGCCUUUUCAUCCUCCCAAAAUGCUCAUUACAUGAACAUUCCCACUGUCAUUGAGCAAACUGCUCGGGGGGAAAGAUUUUAUGACAUUUAUUCCCGACUGUUGAAAGAACGGGUCAUCUUUGCAGGCCCAGUCAAUGAUGCUUCUUCCGUCCUCCUUUGCGCUCAAUUGCUCUUUCUCGAAGCGGAAGACUCGACGCAACCCAUCAAGCUCUAUAUCAAUUCUCCCGGUGGCUCUGUGACGGCUGGUCUGGCCGUAUACGAUACCAUGCAAUACAUCUCGGCACCCGUUCACACUUUUUGUCUCGGAUUGGCAGCCAGUUUCGGUAGUAUACUCCUCAUGGCCGGCGCCAAAGGCCAUCGUUAUGCGUUGAAAAAUUCAUCCGUCAUGAUUCAUCAACCUCUCGGCGGCAGUACCGGUCAGGCCACCGAUGUUGCUCUGCACGCGAAAGAGAUUCUGCGUGUCAGAGAUCAAUUAACGAAACUCUACGCUCAGCACUGUACGCGGACUGGCGAAACAGAGUCCAGUGCGAUAGAGAGAUUCACAAAGGCGUUGGAAAGAGAUUACUAUAUGAUCCCGGAGGAGGCUAAGAAUUUUGGCUUGGUAGAUCAUGUCGUAGACAGCAGGACAGAUGUGCCAGAGACAAAAGAGACAAAGUAGGCUGAGGCUGAGAAGAUCCCUUUUGCCUUCGUGGCAGUGGCAAUCGCCCACAGCAAGUGAGUGAUAAUCUGUGGCAAUGUGAGGAGAUCAUAGGUUUAUAGACGUCAUACUCGUGCUCUUGCAUGUACGUCGACAUCAUUACUGUC